AUGAUUCAAAGACAAUUAUCAGAUUCAAGUACCCUCGUUGAUGAGCUUUUAUUAGAAGAAUCAACAGACCCAGAAGUUAUCAGAUACACUUACUUACAAAACUCAGAGGCAUGGAAGUACCGUUUAAGCACUGAAGAUUAUGUCAAAAGAGAAAUGUACCUACGUGAGGAGUCUAUGAUGUUAAAUAAUAAAACUGAGCCGCUAAUGGGUAUUCAUCUAUAUGUUUUAAGGAGAUCAUCAGAAUACUCCAAAACAUCGAGUAAAACUGACAAUAUUGUUGCCUCCCUGGAAGUCUUGAUCAGAAAAGCAUGGAGGGUUGAUGGCUCAAAUAAAGAGAACGCGUAUAUGGUUAAUUGUGCAACUGUUGGUAAUGUAUUCACUUUGAAAAACCAUAGAGGUCAAGGUUACGCAAGUGAAUUGAUGAAUAGAUUGAAUGUAAUUUUGGAUGAAAAACUUGGUCCGGGUGGGUUUUCUAAUCUCUAUAGUGAAGUGGGUUCUUUCUAUUCCAAAUUUGGCUUCCAAGAUAGACUUGUUAAAGUGAAUUAUAUUCCAUCUGACUUUAAUCUUGUGAAAUUAAAUGUUCAUAAAUUUUCAUUUUUGAGAUUAAAAAGUUAUGAUGAGCAUGUUGAGCUAGACUCCAGUAAUACUCUUAAUGAUUUAUUAGCUAGAGCUGAACAUUUAGGUAAAAAUGAUGUUGCUGUUUCCUUGAUUCCAAAACCAGAAAUUUUCCACCAAAUCAAUCUCAAAGAUCAAUUCAUUCAUAAUGCAUUAUACCCAAAAUCAACAAAAAAAGUUGAAAAUUUUGGUGUAAAAUUUCAAAAUACAAAUGAUCAUAUACUUUGGAAUCAUGAUUGGAAUCAGCGACUCUUGGUUAUAACAAAAGUUUUCAUUGAAGAUGAAGAAAAUAGUGAUGCUUAUAUAGAUAAAUUCUUAGAAUUGGUGUCACUUGCAUGCGUUGAAGCUCGAGCUCAUGAAUUAGCUAACGUAUCUAUUUGGUCCACUUCAAUGGCUAAAACUCAAGAAGUACAUUUUAAGCUUGUUAAAGUAUUGAGUGAGUUUUUUCAUCAUUUUGAUUACAAAUUUUCUGAUAUGUCUCUGAUAUCGCAUGGUGCUAUUAGAAUCAAUGAUCAAUUAGCCGCUGAGAAUAGUCAGAAUAAUAAAAUCGAAUGGGUGCAAAAUGAAAAAUGGUGUUGGUAUUGA